AUGUCCUUUUUCCAAUUUCCCCCAGACUCAGUCAGACUCUCCGACCUCGUCAUCCACGCCUUCAGUCUUUGCCUCUCCGAGUCCAAAGACACCCUUAUAAGUCUCAAGCUUCCCUCUGUGACGUCCCUGACCACCAUCCUUCCGGCUUAUUCGACUCUCCAGACCUACAAAGCCCCUAUUCUUCAGCUCUACUCCCCUCAUUUAGAGGAUUGGCGGUAUCUGAGGGAGAAGAACAGCCCAGGAGUUACCUCUCUCUUCAUCCUCCCUUUUCUCAAAAUGGUUAAGGAGCGAAAGGAAGAUCCCCUGGUCGUUCUGGCGGUACACAUGCGGGUGCUCUCAUAUGCUCGAUUUCAACCGAGUGCUUACCAUGGACUUUAUUGGUUUUCGGUCUGGUAUGGGCUGGUAUGUCAAGAGGAGAUGGAUGAGUUUCUAGGGAGCCAGGAGAUGACGGAGUGGUUUGAUGGGCAGCCUGAGAGGGUUAGGGAAGCAAACAAGAGGGUUGUCGGGAGGAUUAAACUCGUUACGCGGAAGGAGAGGUUGAGAAAGGCGUUGGUAGAACGAGAGCGAAUUAAUGCGCGGUGUAGAUCACGGAAUAUAAAUCCGUGCCCCUCAUAUUAA